ACCCCUCAUAUAUAUAUAUAACUCCUCUCUCUCUCUCUCUAGUCUUUUACAUUCUAUCUCUCAAUCUCUCUCUCUAUAUAUCUUCUAGUGUUAUCUAUUAUGCGAACCAGAAGAGGCUUUUGUUAUCCUCAAACACAACCACUUUCAAACAUGUGUUCUGAGUUCACCAAUACCCACAAAAGACAGAAAAUAAUGCUGUCGGAAAAACCCACCGGAGAAGAAGAUUCUGAUUUCUUUGAUUCUUUACCUGAUGACCUUGUCCUCUCUGUUCUCACAAAACUUAUUUCCACUGCAACUUCUCCCUCUGAUUUUAUCAGUGUUCUAAUCACGUGCAAAAGACUAAAUGGUUUAAGUCUAAACUCUUCUGUUUUGUCAAAAGCAUCGAACAAAACAUUAUCGGUUAAAGCUAAAAACUGGUCUGACUCUGCUCAACGCUUCCUCAAACGCUGUGCUGAUGCCGGAAACAUCGAAGCUUGUUACACUCUCGGAAUGAUUCGGUUUUAUUGUUUGCAAAACAGAGGAAGUGGCGCGUCGUUGAUGGCAAAAGCAGCGAUGAAAUCUCACGCGCCGUCUUUGUAUUCAUUAGCCGUAAUUCAGUUCAAUGGAAGCGGUGGAACGAAAAACGACAAAGAUUUACGCGCCGGUGUUGCUCUGUGUGCACGCGCUGCAUUUCUCGGCCAUAUCGACGGUUUACGUGAGUUGGGUCAUUGUUUACAAGACGGUUACGGCGUUAAACAGAACGUUAUAGAGGGACGGCGGUUUUUAGUUCAAGCUAACGCCCGUGAACUCGCUGCCGUUUUGUCCAACGGCAAUACCAAACAGCCGUUGCUGACGUGGAGUAUUAACCCGUUUCCGAAUCAGCCACCACUGCUUCGGGUUACUACCGGGUCGGGUUGUCCGUUGCUAAGUGAUUUUGGUUGUAAUAUUCCGGUUCAAGAGGCUCACCCGGCUAACCAAUUUAUGUCUGAAUGGUUUUCUAUUCGGGGCGGGUUUCCGGGUCAAGGUAUGAGAUUAUGUUCUAAUACCGGUUGUGGAAGACCGGAGACAAGGAAGCACGAGUUUAGAAGGUGUUCGGUUUGCGGCGCGGUGAAUUAUUGCUCACGCGCUUGUCAAGCGCUUGAUUGGAAGUUCCGACACAAGGCGGAAUGUGCCCCGGUUGAGAGGUGGCUUGAUGAGGAGGGGGAACAUGUUCCCGGUGAAAAUGACGGCGGCGUUAACGUUGAUGAGGUGGUUGUGCUUGAUAGGUAGAUUUUUUUUCCUUAAUUUUAACGGUGACGGUAACGGUAACGGAAGAGUGUUUGAAUUAAGGAACUGUACUAUUUUUUGGCAUAGGAUACUGAAAUUAUGGAAAAAGUUAAAAUAUUUAUUAUCUCAUUUA